AAUUAAUAAGCAGUUAACAGUAUUAAUAAUAUUCAAUAAAAUAAAUGCAUUAUGGCCAAUGAUGAAGUAUUACAAGAGUAUUCUAGCUCUGUUAUGCGACUAAAACAGCAGUGUAUGGACGCUGGCAUGAGCGAAUAUGAAUUCCGGCGAUUAUACUUUGAAUCUCUCGACGCUCUAGAAAACCGAAGUCCUAGAACUGUGGUUACGCAUACGCAUAGUCACAGGACAAAGUAUCGAAUAGUGCUCAUUGGCUUGUUUUUAACAAUUUGUGUCGUCUAUAAUUUUAAGUCUAUUUACAGCUCAGUUAUUUGUAAUCUACAAGAAUAUAUCUACCCUGGCUUGAGGCUUCUGAGGCGGAUAUCAAUUCCCUUCAUAUCCUUAUUCCCUGGACUUACUGAUUUAUACCAUGAAACAUGUUUGAUACAAAAUCCAUUCUUCAUGGUUGUGGAUAUGGACUGCUGGCCAUGCAGCAGUGUGUCCAAUAUCAGAGAAAUAUAUGAUCCUAAAUUAAUCACCAAUCAACAGCACACUGCUCCAUUUAUAUAUGAGACUGACCAGCAACAUGUAAGAUUAGAAGAACUCAUACAGUUAUACAAUAGGAAUGAGGAAGUAUUUAACAAGGAUGCACCAAAAAUAUUAGUCAAUAAUAAAUAUUAUUCACAACUGAACGAGAUAUUUCAUGAACCACAAGUACUGGGGGAUAAAAAUCUCUUCAUUUGGAAAUUAAAUACAAUGAGUGUUGCUAGAAUACUCCGACAAAUCAUUCCUAGGCCCAAAGUAGUACCUAAGUUUGGACAGAGCACUGAGAGAUUUCUAAUCAUAGACAAUAGUCAAGGACAGUUUGCAGUGCCUGACACAGAAUGUAGUUUCUCAUUCCUCAUGGUGCUAAGUGGCAGCCGGACAGUCUAUUUGAAACCAGCUGAGGAGUGCAAACAUCAGUGCCGAUCACUUAAAGUAGAGUUGAAAGAAACAUAUUUACUGUGGUACAAUUGGUGGUAUUGGCGACCAGUGGUGCAGUCCUCACUAUCAAACAGCACUCUGAUAGCCCAUGUGGGAUCAUACUGUUAAAUAAAUAAAUCA